AUGAAGGUUAAACAGGCCUUAGCUCUGGCGGCCGCCACGGCCUCUACAGUAAAUAGUAUGGCUGUGCCGCCACCACACUCUCCAUCUCUUUCACGUAGCAGCACACCCGUGCGUAGUAAUACACCUAUAGUAAAUGAACGCAUGUCGGAAAAGGCUGAUUCAGCCGCAUCAUAUUGGAAGCAUUUUGGUGAGAAAAUGGCAAGGAAAUGGUCUGGACUUGAUGAGUCAGAACGCGCUACGAAGGCAGAGAAGCAUUACAAAGAGUUAGAAAUCGCAGACAAGCUACAGGCGGCUAAAGCAAUUGAAGAUGCGGAGGCCGAAAUGCGACAAAUCAUCGCAGAAGAGCGCGAGCAGAUGCGAUUGGAAGAGUCGGAGAUGGUACGUAAGAUGUUAGAGCAUGAAGAGAUGGUUGACGAAGAGGCAAGUGAGAGUAUCGAGCGCGCAAAGGAAGACAUGCGAGUCAAGGAGACAUAUAUGAUAGCAGAUUUACUAAAGCACGAACAAAGAAUUCAACAAGAAGCAGACGAGAAGGUUGCGUUGGCACAAGCGGAGGUGGAGCGGGCUGAGCAGGCACAGGCUGCUGCCGAAGAGGCUGCCGACAUAGAACACGCGCUAGCAUUAAAAUCUGAAUCACGUGCAGAGGAUGCCAUUCAACGAGCAAAAGAACAGGCACAGUUAGCAAUAGAGACACAGCAAGAGGCUGACAGAUUAGUAGCAGAGGCUGAGAAAGCUACGCAGAAAGCCACAGAUAAGGAACACGAGGCGGAGAGCAAAGCUGAGGAAGCACUCGAAGUUAAGCAGGCGGCUGUUGAUGAUGCACAGGAACAACACGACCUAGCUAAAGAGGCCCAGAAACAAGCACAGAUACUAGUAGAUGAGGCAGACAAGCGGGUGCAAGAAGCUGAACACAAUACAUCAAAAGCACAAGCGAAGAAGGCGGCCGCAGUAGACUAUGCUAAGAAACAACAGGAAUUAGCAAAGAACGCCGCCGAACAAGCCGCGCAGGCCGUGGACGAGGCACGCGCAAAAGUUUCGGAUGCAGAGGGCAAGGUUGCCGAUGCGCUUGCAGAUAAGCAGUGGGCACUGGAGGUUGCUAAGGAGGAGCACGCGUCUGCUCUAGAGGUUCAGCGAGAGGCUGAUAAACAGAUUAAGGAGGCGGAACAACGCACGCUCGCUGCCAAAAGUGAUACGAGCAAGGCCGAAAUCAAGAAGAGCGCUGCGAUUGCAUACGCAAAGAAGCAACAGGAGCUUGCAGAGAGUGCUUCGGAAAAGGCAGCCAAGGCGGUACAGCAGUUGCAGGCUAAGGUAGCGGAAGCGGAGACCAAGUUGGCCGCCGCAACCGAGGCUCAGAAAGGGGCGUUGGAAAAGGCUCACAAGGAGCAAGAGCUGGCCUUGAAAUCAGAGAAGCAGUCUCGACAGCUGGUGCUUGAGGCCCAGCAGCGUGUGAAGGCGGCUGAAGCUGAUACGAAUAAGGCCGAGGCCGAUAAGGCCGCAGCGAUUGAGUUUGCCCAGCAGCAGGAAGCUUUGGCCAAGAGCUCUGCUGAGAAAGCAGCCAAGGCUGUUGAGGAAUCACAGGCAAAGGUGACUGACGCUGAGAGCAAGGUGGCUGCCGCCACUCAGGCCAAGGAAGAAGCGCUCACAAAGGCACAAGAAGAGCAUGGGCUGGCCGUGAAGUCGGAGAAGCAGUCCCAACAGCUG